ACAAGGACAAAGCUACAACAAAAAAACGAAACGCAGCUCACCCAAAAACAAACCUUAAUCGGUUUUAAUUAAAUUAGGAAAAAGCUGUGCUUGCCUGUGGCCGGUUGGCGCGGCUCGGUAAGCUUUCCGAUACGGUUCGCGUGGCGCCGUGACGAGGCCGCGGCGCUGAUUGUACAUGUGACACGCAUCUUUUUGUGCAUAUAAUCCCACUUAGAAGUAUCCGUGUACCCGUAUAUAUACAUGUGUGUAUGAUUGUGUGUGUAUGUGUCCGUGUAAGUGUGUCAUUUAGUGUAGCGGAACGGCAAAUAUUAGUACCGCAAUCCCCUUCCGCCCCAAACUGGUGAGAUUGUUUGUUUGGCAGCAGCAAAAUAGGCAAACAAACAAACAUCCCGCGUUUUCCUGUACAGUGCGUGGUGCUUAAACGGCAUCGUGUCUAGUAGUUACUUUUGUGCUGGCUUAGCUCACGAACCCAACAAGCAAGAACACGAACUACACUCGCGACUUUGCAAGCGUAAGUUGGCCCCGCAGAGCGUGUGCAGAUGGGACGAGUGAAGGCUCCUGAGAUUUGGUGCCGUAGUUUUGAUUGAUUCGUGAGCUUCGUGAAACAAAAACACAAGCCGUGCUUCAAGCAGGAUCAAACGCAAAAGCCUGCGACGGUUCGUUAGUGUAACUAGCUUUAAAGUUUAAAGAAAAAAGGUAAAGGUGUGAAAGCAAAUCAAACACAAGUUGAAAGGUAAGCGGCGUUGCAAAGAGAGUAAGUACGAAACUAAAACAAAGCAUCUCGGGAGCGGGAAGCGGGAAUAGCAAAGGAAAAGAAAGUAAUGGUAGAAGAAAUUUCCUUCACUAAAGCGUGCCUUGAGUGUUGAAUACAGAAGCGAAAGGAAAGCGAAGUGCGAAGUGGGAAGUGUAACGUUAAAGUGAAAUAAAAAAAUAGUAGCAAAAGUUGAUGCAUAAAUUGAAUUCGUUCGAUGUAAGCGGGUGCAGAGCGAUUGUGUGUGUGUAAGUAAAGCGAAGGAAGAAAAUUCAUUCAAAGAAGCAAAGGUGAAAAUUGUGUAAACGAGCGACACACUAGAUCGCACCUCCAAGCCCCGUUCGCGCGGAAGUGAAAACCUCGUUCGUGUCCGUGGUUUGUUUGUGCUGUCGGGUGUCGGAGUGAGAUUUUUUUCUUUCUUUUUCCCCCGACUCCAAUCGGAAAGUGUGCUGUGUCCGUGUAUGUCGAGUAAGAAUCUGUGAGUGUUUGUGUGUGUGUGUUCUACGUGGACCUCCAGCUGCAUCGUUGGUUAGAUAGCUUGCCGCUUCUACCUUCAACACGUUAUCCUGACACCCAGCCCGGCACCGGAAAUGGCAUCCAGUCGACGACCGGUGCAAACGAUGGCGCUGGUGGUGUUCGUGAUUGCAUCGCUCCUGGCGACCAGUUGCACAGCCGACGAAUCCGCUACAGGUAAUUAUAAUCAAUGGUUGAAAGUACAGGGUCCCUUGAAGCCCGGGGGCAGAAGUUGCGUGUGGAACAACCGGGCGCACAAACAUCACGGAACAGCAUGCGGAAGAGUUGUCAAGGGGGAACGGCACACAAACAUCCACCACCUAAACCUCCAUCUCGCAACACGUUGCCAAAGCGUGCAGUGUCCGACGAGCUGCCCACCGGACAGCUACCUGCAAAGCCCGCUCGAUCUCGGUUACGCCGACGAGUACGAUGAGUCCGACUCGAAUGAGCGCGAAAAGCGCGCGAUCGCCAUGAACACCAAUGCGCACGGACCGAUCAAGAUCAUCCCGAGUGCGCUGCAGUUCCCGUACGCCAACAGUGUCCAGCGGCUCCAUCGGCAUCUGGCCAAGCGGGACACGAUCGAAUCGCCCUCCGCCGCCCAAACCGACUACGCCGAGCUGCAGCAACUCUGCUGCCCACGGUGCACCUGUCUGCCCUGCCCGGAGCAACCGGUCUGUCCGCCCGACACCAAGCCACUGAUCGUGGACCAGCAGGAACUGCAGCACGGUCAGCCGGGCAACUGCUGCCCGGCCGUACACUGUCAGCCCGAACCGGUCAUGUGCUUCUCGAGCACUCAUCGCACCUCCUACCCGACCAAUGCGACCUGGCAGGAGGAUGCGUGCACCGUUUGCCGGUGCGAGGCCGGCGAGCCCAAGUGUCAAACUUCGCUCUGCAAACCACUGAACUGCGAGCACAAGCUGGAGCUACCCAACGUGUGCUGCCCGGUGUGCGAUCCGGCCAAGUCCAUCUUCUGCGAGGAGCACAACUGUGCGAUCUGGUGCAAGUAUGGGUACGAACGGCGCACCGAUGGCUGUGCGCUGUGCAAGUGUCUCACGUCGCCGCUGCCUGCAGCGCCGAUCGAGGUGAUAGUCGCGAGUACUACCGCCAGGACGAGCCAGGACGAGGCGAGCCUCACGGUCAACGGUCACGCUGGGGACGCUUUGCAGGACGGCAAACAGGAAACGGCGGACCGGAAGGAUGGUUGGUUCAAUGAUUUGCGCAUUGUGUUGCUGCUGGCGGGUGCCGUGCUGCUGCUGCUCGUCAUUGUUACCCUACUCUAUCGGCAGGUCACCAUCGAGAGCGUGAAGAAGUGGCUCAAGCUGCUGUUCCGCUGCAACCAGCUGCCGCAGCGCAAAACGGCCUACAACCGGGUGUCCAGUACGGCGCCACCGAUUGCGCCUACUCCUGCUCCGACCGGUGUCCAAGCGAACGACAGCAGUAUGGCCUAAAGUAAAGUUUUGUUUUGUUUUGGUUUUUUGACAGAUAGGCAGCAUAUUGCUCCUUUUCCUUUCCUUUCCUUUCCUUUCCCAUUCGAUUGAGUUUCGAGAUUUAGUUAUGUAGCUUUUAAUUUUCUUCUUUGUUCGAAUUUUUGUUCCACCUACAAAAGGUCACUCUAACUGUCACUUUGUUCUUCAGUAUCGUUCUACGAAACGAUAUUGAUUGACGAGAGAAGAGUUAUGAUUCACUUUAAUCUACAUGUUUCUACAUCAAGAAUGGUGCGCCUUUGAAGGCUCGCUAUUUCUUCUAUUUAAUAUUAUUUCUACCUUUCAAUCGACACGUUCUUUCUGUCCGUGAUCAGUGACCUGUGAUCCUGAUCGCACAAGAGCACGGAAAACGAUUUAGAACACUAAAUAAUCUACCAACCAUAAUUUGUGAUAGUAAUUAAAGUAUGAGAAAAACGUAAAAUUGAUACAAAUGAAAGCAAGCAAAAACAAAACGCAAAAAAAAGUGAAACGAAAGUAUCGGAAAAGCCAACGAGCAAACGAGCAAUGAGGUUUGCAAAUGAAAAAAAGAAGAAAAAGAAGAGAAAGAAGAAGAAGAAGAAGAAGAAGGAAAGGAGGGAGAAGUAGAAAAAGAAGAGAAAGAAGGAGAAAAAGAAAAGGAAGAAGAAGACAAGGAAGAAAAAGAAAAAAGCAAACUACAAACUAUAUACAACAAUGCAAACAGAGCUAAUCCACACAAAAAAUGGGAUGAGUUUGAUCUCUACCGAAACUAGUUAAGAAGACGGAUUGGCUGAUUGAAGAAAGCGAAAGCGAUAUGUUUGACGAUGAUAAUGAUAUUUCAAGUGAAAAAAAAAGAAAACAAACGCGCGGAACGGCUGCGCAAACCGUCAAGCGUGUUGUCGUUGUCAGGUGCGUGAAGUUGUGUUAAUCUUAAUACUAUACAAAACGUAAAACAAAUACGUAUAUUCUUACGUUAAAUAUGCUCUUAGAGGUUUAAUUCUAUAUAUUUAUUUACAUACUGCAUACUGAAUUGGAAAAGCAAACCCUCCCUCCCUCCCGCGACACGAGUAAACGAACCCUAAGGAAGUUGAUGCGACAAAACAAACAAGCAAAGUAGUAUGGCAGUUAGAAAGACGAGACUCCUGAUACUAAUGAUAGUGUUGCAAAUGAGAAUGUUUUUAUUUUUCUUUUACUGCAUAAAAACUGUAAUCGAACUAUUGAGCUGAAUUGUGAUGAACGUGUUUUUGUUCUUUCUUUCGCCAUUUUGAUGCUUGUGUUAAGCUUCCGAAAUCCGAAUUUGACGUGUUUCUACAUGCCAUUGUCUGCUGAGAAAGGUACGAUUGGGGUGUUUUUCGAUGAAAUCACUAGGUAUUAUUUUAAGACAUGGCAACAAUAAAAGAUGCCAGCUUUUUUUUUUUUGCUACACUAAAUAUUGUUUUUCUUUAGCAAGAAAAGCUUAAGAAGAGUUUGAUUUUGUCUUUCAAAUACACUUUACACUUCAGUUGCAAAUUAUAGCAAAAACUGAAGAAAAAAUUAAGGUGUACACAGUACAGUUUCGUACUUGUGACUGCUGGUCAACUGGGACGAUCGGCUUCCGUUCUGAAGGAGGCAAAUGAAUCGUCACAGAGCAGCGUACGAUAUAAAGUCGUUACAAUUUCAAGCAUAAUUGUAUAGACAAAAAGGAUAAUGCAUGAGAAGAAGAGAGCGAGCAGAAAAGUGACAGGGGACAGUGUAAUAUAUUGUGGUCAUUUAGGACGUACACAUACACACACAACAAGAAUGGGAAAGAAAGAUUAAUCAUUGUUGCUAAAAUGAUAUGAUAAAAACACAAACAAUCGAUGCUUCCAACAAAACAAAAAAAAAACAGAAAACAAAGCGCAACAGUACCAUUGAGCUGAAAAUCUAUCCAAAAUUAUAAUACAUAAAUACAAAAAUCAAUAGAAACAAUGAAGAAAAGUAUAGCAAAAAACCAGGAACCAGACGAUCGUAGGUGAGUGUAAGAAACAUACGACAGAAACAGUGCAAAAGUUCCUGCAGACCACACAGCUACACACUAAAGCGCAUUCUAAAUGUUCUAACAUUUCGACCAUCCCGUUUUAAGCUAAGCUUUCGAAGGUUUUAAGACAAGCUUUCCCAAAACUAUGCACAAACAUACAUACACACACACAUACUAUCCUGUCACUGCAUAUCACUUCACACGCUAGGCAAAUCAUUUAUCAAACAAAAACAACCCGUACUGUCAUACAAAAACCGAUGAGAUGCUCCUCAUCGUCGCGGAACAGUUUGUGUAGGUAGUACGGAAAGAAUGGGAAACAAUUUAUCUAACACAUAUAUAUCUAACCCGAAAAACACAUGCAUACUUGCUACCUAAAUGUUGUCGCUUGUGCUUCAUUACUCUGCAUAUCCCUUUCUACACGCACUCACAGCAGACUCGCCUCACACCUCAUAUUCAUCGAACACUUUGCUUAGAAACAACCAAAAAAUCAUCGAGCUGCAUCAAUGACCAUAUUUUUACCCCAUCCCUCACAUACUGUACAUGUAUUGGUACGCAAACUGCAGUCAAAAAACUGCAUUUACCACACACAUACAAACACAGAUGAAAAGGUAGUGGAGAAUGUGGAGCUGUACAGAAGAUAGAGAAAGUUCAUUGCAAUAAAAUCCCUUCAAGCUGCUUACAUUAUUUACUAUCGUUUCAGCUAACAAUACAAAAAAAAUGGAUUUGGUUCCUUACUUUCCACCAUAUUCCCUCAAAUUAAUAGGGUCAGUAUUCUAUAAACAAAAUCACACACACACAUACUUUAAAAUACAGCUUACGAUUAUCAAUUAUCACAUAUUAUCCCACCUUUGUUGUUAAACUUGUAUUAUCACUUUACAAUUUCCCAUCACCAUAUAAUUUCAAACGCUCUUACUUGAUCGGUAAAUGUGCAUCGUUUUCCCCCAAACGAACCACCCCGUAAAGCCUCCAAAUACAAAGAGGUAACAUACAAUAUAGCACAACGCUUGACAUGUAUGUAUAAAUGCAACAGCAAAUGCUUCAGGCUUCAGGUGUCAAGACGAGAGAGACGUUAAAAUCCUUUUGUGAGUAAAAGGAGACAGUUAAAUAAAGAAACGCUAUCAAAUAUGUAACAAAAAAAAAAACAACAGACAGAAGAAGAAAACAAUACAAGAAAACAAAUCAAACCAAUCGCUAGUGAUGCUUUUACUGAUCAAACAUCCUGCGCAAGCAGACACGGGGGUGAUGAUGAUAUAGACAAAUUGGGGUUGGGAUGGGAAACCCAACCCGCUGCGUUAGGAGAGAACAAUUCGCUACUAAACAACAAAACCAAUGGUUUGCGAUGACAGAUGAUGAUUAUAUUAUUGUGAAUAGUUAUCGAGCGAUGCGGGAAGGAGGGAAGCAGGAAGGGAGGUUAUGUAAUUUGUAAAAAGGAAUACAAUAUACAGCUAGAAACGUAAGAAAUAUAUAAGCAUACGAAUUCGGAUGAAACCUAAGUAUCGAAAACCGUCAA